CCAAGCGUAACGAAAACAGAUUAUUUAUCUUAUCAUACACAUUAGUCAUCCCUAUUAUCUCCGAAAUAGAAAAAUGGCGGAUACCGUCGAAUUGGAAAUUUGCGCGAACUGCAAGCGCGAAAUACCGCCCUGUAACUACGUCAUGCAUACGGCGCAUUGUGCUCGCAACAUCACCCUGUGCGACACCUGCGAGCAGCCGAUACCCAAGAACGAGUUUCAGCAGCACGCGAAGACUUGCAUGCCCGAAGUGAAACCGGUCGUGAUUCCGCUAACCAAAAUAGAGCAAAGCCCGUAUUUUGCAGCGCGCAAAGAGAUCGAGGAUAAGAAGUCGCAACAGCGUCGAAAGAGGCGCCUGGAACGGCUGGAAAGGUUCACAAAUAUUGGCGAGACGGCAGGUCAUUCCAAAGUAAAAGAGCCACCCGCGAAACAACCACGGCGAGAGGUUUACUCCCGGGGCCGUACUGCGAAAUUGAGUUGCUGAAAUUUGAGCAUUUCAACAAAAGUAAAUGCUAUUUGUAAUGUUCGCCAUUUUUUUGUUGUACAUUUAAGACUGUUGAA